AUUCUCUCUCUCUCCCUCCUCUGUUUUUACUUUUUUUUUAUUUUUUUUUUGUAUAUUAUUCAAAUUCCGCCUCUCUUUCUUCUGGUUUCAUCACUUCACGCGUAUACACAGAGAUAGAGAGAGACCCAAGAGCGCUCAUCAAAUUAGGGUUCCUUUUUUUUUUUUUGUUGGGUUCCGAUUUGAGAAAUCGAAAGAAAACAACAAUGGCGUGGUCUUCAGAAACGCCGUCGUAUUGCGGCUGGAAUGAGCUGCAUGUGAAGAACGGUAAAGGCAAAGUCGAGGUUCAUUAUUAUCUAGAGAGGAAAGAUGGGAUUGCAGAUCUAGCUGUUGUUGGGAGGGUCAAAAGCUCUAAACGCAUCUCUUUUAGAUACGCUUUGAAGAAGAAUCGCUCUGUUUUGAAGAAGCUUAAUUCUAAAGAAGAUGUCUCCAAUUGGCUCGAUUCUAUUGUUUCUGGUGUGAUGCCUCAUGUAGCAGAUGUACCAGCUACUAUUAUGACUGAAAAAGAUGCUGGAGGAUUUAAUAUGAGCUCUUUUAUGAAUGGGAAAUUUCAGGAGUCUAUUCGUCAGACCAAAAAAGACUCGUGGAUGGGUUCUUCUUGGACUUGCAAGAAACGGCGUAAGCAUUAUCCAUCCUUUCUCCGGAAUGGUGUUAGAAUUUCUGUGAACGAUUUUGUGUAUGUUUUAGUUGAGCAAGGUAAGAGACUUGUUGCAUAUUUAGAAGACCUUUAUGAGGAUUCUAAAGGCAAAAAGAUGGUCGUGGCACGAUGGUUUCACAAAACUGAGGAGGUUGGUUUUGUUUCAUCUGAUGAUAUUAGUGAGAGAGAGAUUUUCUUGUCUCUUUAUCGUCAAGAUCUCAACAUUGAGUGCAUAGAUGAUUUUGCUACUGUCCUAAGUCCUCAGCAUUAUGAGAAAUUUCUUAAGGUGCCAAUGCAUGCUCAGCCAGUAGCUUUCUUCUGCCAGAAAUUAUAUGGAGAUGAUGACAUAAAGCCGUAUGACAUUACAGAAUUAGAAGGUUACUGGAGACAAAAAAUGCUUAGAUACUUGAAUGUAUCCAAUUUAAAAUCAGUUGACGGUGCUCAAGCACCUGUUAAUGACCCAGGAUUAGGAGCUCCAUUGGUGGGUUGUGUUGGGAUUAGAUCAAGGAAAAGGCGUCGUCCUAGUCCUGUUGGUACUUUGGAUGUAGCAACUGCAGGUGACAUGAAAGGUGACUGCAAAUCUAGUCCAGAUUCUGUUUUGGGUGUUUCAGAUGCUUCUAUGUGCAAGGCUGCAGAAGAUGGUUCUUCCCAUUACAUCAAAAAGGGUUCACUUGUUGAAGUUCUCUCCGAAGAUAGUGGCAUCAGAGGUUGUUGGUUUAGGGCACUGGUAUUAAAGAAACACAAGGAUAAGGUUAAGGUCCAGUACCAAGAUAUUCAGGAUGCAGAUGAUGAAUCUAAAAAGCUAGAGGAGUGGGUUUUGACAUCUCAGAUUGCUGCUGGUGAUAGUCUGGAGGGUCUUAGAAUUAAAGGACGGAAAGUGGUACGUCCAAUGCUGAAGCCCAGCAUAGAAAAUGAUGUAGGCGCUGUUGGUGUUGGUAUGCCUGUGGAUGUGUGGUGGUGUGAUGGAUGGUGGGAAGGGAUCGUAAUGCAGAAAGUGUCUGAAGACAAAUUUGAAGUUUACCUGCCAGGCGAAAAGAAAAUGUCUGCCUUCCAUCGUAGGGACCUUAGACAAUCUCGGGAAUGGUUGGAAGAUGAGUGGGUUAAUAUAAGAUCAAGAUCUGAUCUCGUGAGUACGGUCUUAUCUUUGAUGAAGACAAAAGAGAUGAAGGUGAAACCUGAUGUAAAGCCAUCUGAAGCUAGUGUUGGUAAUGGUGGGAUGUCACCAAAUGGGGAGGCUAAAGGCACCAUGUGUCUUUCAGUAGCAACAACCAAAAAGUCAUUACCUAAGCGACCAAUUCCAGAUCUUCUAAACGAUGUCCUUGGUAAUUCUGACUUAAAGUGGAAAAAAUCGAGGAAGCGGAAUCGAGUUGUCAGUUGCUGUCCACACGAUCCUAACUUGACUGAUGGUUUCUCUAGUGAAAGAUCUUUGGAUUGUGAGAACUGCAAGUUCAUGGAAGGAGAUUCUUUUGGCUCUUCGGUUGGGCAGCCUUUGACUAGUGGUCUAUUAUUAUCGAGAUGAUCAGCUUGGUGAUGAAGUUGCGUUUCUUCUUGUGAGGUACAUAUCACCUGAUGUGCAUCUGCUCAAUGCGAUUUUGGGUUUUUAGAUUACUGUGACUCGCAAGAUUUCUUGGAAUGGAUUAUAGAUUAGCUCGUAAUGGCAUCCAAAUUCGUUGUGUACGUAUGUUGUAACAGUAGGGCUUAGAGCUUUAAUACAGAGAGCAAAUUUUGGAUGCAGUAGAAGUAGGUAAUAGCAUUUACCUCGCUAGUGUUUUAGGCAUUAAAUCAGUGGGUUUUUUUUCAUAGAAUUAAGUUAUCUUUUUUCAACUCUCAUUAGCAUAGAGAUGAUUUGUUUUCUUUUUGGUCUGGUGGGAUUUUUAUUUUCAUGUAACCUAUGUAUCAUCAAAUAAAACUAUCUUCUUACCUUAA